CCUCAGGUAACCGAUAAGAUGGCAGCCAGGGAAGCGACUGGGCACAGCUACCUGGUGGCUUGCUGGCAGCCCAUCCUGAUCCUGAUGCUGGGCUCUGUGCUGUCCCCAGCCUCCUCCACCGGAUGCCCAUCCCGCUGCGAGUGCAACCUCCAGGAACGCUCCGUAAUGUGCCACCGCAAAAAGCUCAUGACCGUCCCAGAGGGCAUCCCCGCGGAAACCAAACUCCUGGAUUUGAGCAAGAACCGGAUUCGAACCAUCAACCCGGAUGAAUUCGCCAACUUCCCCAACCUCGAGCAACUGGAGCUGAGCGAGAAUACCAUUUCCACCAUCGAGCCCGGGGCUUUUAACAACUUGUAUGGUUUACGGACAUUGGGGCUUCGUAGCAACAAGCUGAAGCUAAUUCAACUUGGCGUAUUCACUGGUCUAAGUAAUCUUACCCAACUGGACAUAAGCGAGAAUAAAAUUGUGAUCCUAUUGGAUUACAUGUUUCAGGAUUUGUACAACCUACGUUCCUUGGAAGUUGGGGAUAAUGACCUGGUCUUUAUUUCCCAUCGGGCGUUCCACGGUCUAAGCAGCUUGGAGCAUCUGAGCCUGGAAAAGUGCAACCUAUCCUCCGUACCUACCGAGGCAUUCACUCACCUUCACAGUUUGAUAACCCUUCGCUUGCGUCACCUAAACAUCAACAUUAUCCGGGAUUAUUCCUUCAAGCGGCUAUAUCGACUUAAAGUUUUGGUAGCCAACUGGCCUUAUUUGGAUACGAUGACUCCGAAUUGUCUGUACGGAUUAAACCUCACUUCUUUGACCAUCGCAAAUGCAAAUCUGACCACUAUUCCCUACGUGGCAUUGCGUCACUUGGUCUACUUGCGUUUCCUCAACCUGUCUUACAACCCGAUCCACACCAUUGAAGGAAAUAAACUCCAUGAUCUUCUUCGCUUGCAGGAGUUACAUUUGGUUGGAGGUAGACUGGCGAUGAUUGAACCCUAUUCUUUCCGUGGGUUGAACUACCUGAAGAUUUUAAAUGUGUCCGGGAAUUCACUUACCACUUUGGAGGAGUCAGCAUUCCAUUCGGUCGGGAAUCUUGAGACUUUAGCCUUGUAUGACAACCCGCUAGCUUGCGAUUGCCGGCUGCUUUGGGUGUUCCGUCGUCGCUGGAGACUUAAUUUCAACCGGCAACAACCUACCUGCGCCUCUCCCGAAUUCGUCCAAGGAAAAGAGUUCAAGGACUUCCCAGAUGUCCUGCAGCCGAACUACUUUACAUGUCGCAAGUCCAGAAUUCGGGAUCGCAAACCGCAGCAGAAGUUUGUCGACGAGGGGGCUAUUGUCCACUUUUCUUGUCAGGCCGAUGGAGACCCAGCUCCGGUGAUCAUGUGGUUGUCCCCUCAGAAAAAAUUCAUCACAACCAAAACCAUCGGACGGAUUUCAGUGUUACCAGAUGGUACUCUUGAGGUACGCUAUGCUCAAAUCCAGGACAACGGUACUUAUGUGUGCAUAGCUAGCAACGCAGGCGGGAACGAUACAUCUCUCGCCCACUUGCACAUUCACAGCUACUCCCCCGACUGGCCACAUCAACCCAACAAAACUUUCGCAUUUAUCUCCAACCAACCAGCAGACACCGGAGCAAACGAAACCCGACCAAACGUCCCCUUCCCUUUCGACAUAAAGACGUUGAUUAUCGCGACUACCAUGGGGUUCAUAUCGUUCCUCGGCGUGGUCUUGUUUUGCCUGGUGUUGCUGUUUCUCUGGAGCAGGGGUAAAGGUAACACGAAGCACAAUAUCGAGAUCGAAUACGUCCCGCGGAAAUCGGACGCUGGGAUGAGCAGCACUACGGUGGAUGCUCCUCGGAAGUUUAACAUGAAAAUGAUCUAAAACUGGAAUAUAAUCGUUUUGGACUUGUCGUAUAAGAAAAAGAGGAAGGCAAGACUCUAUCCUUUCUCUUACAAACCUGUGGAUCCUGGUCUGUUAACAUAAGAAGUAACUUUUUUCUCCUGACUGAAUCACGAUAGAGAGGACUACAUUUCUAAAGCAAGAGGGACCGAUGGUGCGUUCGGUGUUUCAGAGCACAAUUUGUUUUUCACAGCCCAUAAUUACAUCAAAUCAGCUAGAAUCCGUUAUAGGAAAAACAAAUUCAAUACAUUUAAAUGGACAGAAAGUUUUAAAUUGAUUGAAUUGAGUUUGCGUUUGCUAUGGAGCCUACCUGGACGACUGAGGGGUUACACAGACAUUCAAAUCAGUUCAAAUUUAAAAUACGGGAAACGCUUCAUGCAGAUAAAUACGACGAUAUAAUUUGACUGUGUUAACGUCUGUUUUCAUUUCAGUGCAUUUUUCUUUCUGAGGUUAGAUGUCGAGUUUUAAAUUGGCUUUGUAUGGGCUGAUGAGUACACUGAUACAUGUUGACCCGUUUGAAGCACACAAUUAUACCAACACAUUAGCGGCACGUUGCAGAGUGCGCUUUGUUAUUCCCCUUAUGUUUAGUGAUGACUGUUCUGUACUUAAUGUAUUGUUGUUUUACGCAAAGACCAUGCCCCAGCAAUUAGUCUUAACAUGCUAAACACAACAGCGCAAGAGUUCAACAAUGGAACAAAUGUACUGACGAUAACUGCCUCUAUCCUUAAAGUGCAUAUAACAUAAGGUUAGACUCGUCAUUUCAAUAAAACAUAGUUGAACAUUGUUAUAUUUAAGAUUAAAAAAUAAAAAAACAACACAGUUUCAUUCUAGUUUAAA